AGGUCCUCAUGAGAUAUGCUCGAAUGGUUAAAGAUACCUUGUGUGUAACGAUACUGUACUGACUCAAAAGGAGGCAACAUAGUCGUCGUUUUUGUGACAAAGGCCCAACAAGUCGUUACAACUAGUUGAGAUUUUAGUAUUACGGUACCGUCUCUCCUGCAUACUUGGCAUGGUGUCGGUGUAGUGGCAUAAGUACUUUGUUUCAUAAAUUUUCGGUCGGUGCUCGCACAACUUCUCCACGCGUCUGCUAUUCGUUGCUUCGUUCUUCUCUACUUGUACUUUAUCAUUUGCCACCUCCUCCCAUUGCAAAAAUAAAGCACAGAGCAGUAAAACAAAAAGAAAUUCAAUGUAAUUGCGCAAAAAAGAAGAAAAAAAAACAUGAACGACCAUAACGGAGAAGAAGACCCUGGUGCACCACCUCCGCAGCAGGAGUUGUCGCCGCAGACCGGCCACCUAAUUAUGCUUUUAUGCCUUGGACGGGCGUUAGCAUACAGAAGGGUGAAUUUGCAGUGAAUUUGUAUUGCAUGACUUGCAUUUACUUAAAAAAAAGAGAAGCGCGCUACGUAUUAGACACACGAGCCCAAGCAUCCCACAUAGCGUGAAGGGCUGCUCGUCGCGUGGUGGCGCUUGCAGCACCGAAAGAGGUGGUCUUGCGGGGGCUCGCCGGGCUGUGGAGUGCGUAUGUAACCAAAGAAGGUGGAUCGGGUGGCUCUUACUCUUCUGCGCGUCUGCCUGAGAAGUUCCUCUCUGGAAUUGUCGAAAGGGAGGGCGACGCCUGAGCACAGGGGCACUAGUUCAACAUGUAUGCUCUCACGAGUUGUGGUUGGCUCGGCUUGGACUUGGAUAUCGGGGAGCAGCCUCGGGUGGAAGGGGAGGCACGAUUCGGCCGCGGACGCUAGCUUGCUUCGCCUGCUGUGCUCUGCUCACAACUCCCCACGUGUCUUUUUGCCUCCGGAGCGAGGCCUUUUCGACGUGACCCCCAGGUCAGGAAUUCUCUUGGUGAAUUUGGGGGCUUUUUGUUUUGGCGACACUUUUUUGAAGCCCCAAAACCCGGAGCUUCUCGUGCGUUAGCGAAUUCUGAAUAGGCACCUUGGGCCAAAAUUCGCCCACGGCUUUUUCAAAAUUCACCCCAAAACUCACCGGGCGCCCCUUUUCGACCGUGAUAAGCAAACUUUUGCGCAGAAAAGUGCUGAAGGAAGUCCGCAAAUAGGCCCUGGGAAGUGGGGCCGAGGGGAAAAGACAUGCGCCUUCUGCUGCCCUCAGCCCGCCUAUACUCUGCCGAAAAGGCCGGGAGAGCUCACGCGCCUGCCGGAUAGACGCGCCAAAGCUCUCGGCCUGGUCCUUUCGCCCUUGCCUUCGCGCCUUCUUGCCUAAUUGCAUUUGCUUCGCAGCGCUUUCUUUUUGGCGUCUUUUCCGCGGCUGCUGCAGUGCUCUUAUGCGAGCACAGGGAGACGAAUAGACAUGGCCAAAGAACGGCACCCAGGCCAUGUCUAGAAGCUGCCCGCCGCAUAAGCCUUGACCUCUGCGGUGUGCAGAACCCACUUCCCAGAAGGCCACGAGGGACAAUGUCAAUGUCCCAGCGGACUCAUCUGCAAUCUGUCAUGCAUGGCCGCGUUUUUGGCGUCGAGACCCUGGUGCACCACCUCCGCCGCAGGAGUUGUCGCCGCAGACCGCCCACCGUGCGGCGCAACUGCAGCAGCUGGCCGGCACGAACCUGUUUCUCACCGCGUCACCGCCGCGCGUGUUCGCCAAUGCCUCACCGCCUCUCGUGCGGAUCGGCGUGCCCGGAAUGAUCCAGCAGCACCAGCAGCAGCCUACCUGGGUGCGGCUGAAGAAAGAUGGCACGACUUCUACAGGUCGUGUUGACCACACUUCGCAGCUGCAGCCCCGUGGUGCGACUCUUGGGAUGACGAGCAACCCCCUAGUGUCCCAAUCACCAUCAUUGACGGGGGCCGCGGUGGUGAACAUCAACACUUCCGCCUUUCACCCGGAGAGCCGCGUACUGCAGGAAGAGGAAUUUGAAAUCGAGGAAGCCUUAGCGGCGCCCGGGGAGGAACUGUAUCAAAGUGAAAAAAGCCCUCACCCCAUAUCGGAAACGGAAGAUGCGCGAAUUUGUGAUGCUGUAUUUGAGUACACAAAUCGACUUGUAUUGCUAGAAGGCCAAGAGACGAAGCUGCGGCCUAAAUUGCAGGUAAUCUGUCAUGCUGUUUCCCACUUCCAGCUGCCUCCUGUCAUCCUGGAGCUGCAAGGCUUUCCCACGCUAGACAGCACUACAGUCCGCAUUUUUUGCCUUCUAGCAUCACAAAGCUGAUUUGUGACCACAAACCUGCGUCACAGAUUUCCGUUGUGAUAUGGGGAGGGGGCAUUUUUCAUUGUAAUAAACUGACCGAAGAAACCGAGCCAGAAGAGCCUUCCACCGGGGAGGACGUGCAUCUCGCAGGGAUGAGGAGUGUAGAAAGACAGCAUGUUCUCGGGGCCGAUGUUGAUCAAGCAGAAGUACAACUAGAACAACACGACCAGCAGCUUUUCAAAAACGGAAUCUCCGCAAAGACGACGACCGCACUUUCGCCCAGUUCUACUUCGAACGCGGCCCAAAGCAACAAGAUAAAAUCCUCCCCUUCCUGCAAGUCGCCGCACGUACCCCUGCCCUCGCUCUAUGGAUUGCAAAUAUAUCUGGGUCUGGAAACUUGUAAUGCUGAAAGUGAAUGAUAGACGCACUGCAAUACGCAGCUAUGCGUGACAAAUAAUUUUUUGGCUGCCAUGUCUUACGUGUUCCGCAUGGCAAGCUGCGUUUUUGCAUGACAGGUAAGAGGACUUUUUCGUGCCUAUGCAACACAGAUUCUCGAGUCAUGCCAGACAAGCACGACAAACUUGCAUUUUUCCAGACCCAGACAUUUUUGCAUUUGAUGCGCUCUCCUCGGUCGCGACGAUGCCGGAUACCACUGCCGCGGAGCGUGGAGCCACGGGCGCAAACCAGUGGUCGGAGGCACUGUUUCACUCCGCGUCGUCCGUUGGUAGUGGGGUUGGCCGGGAAAAAGUGCUAAAGUCGUCUUCCGGACGAUCUGCGUCCUCUUCGCAUGGGAACGCUUCUGUUGCAAAUGAUCCGUAUAAUGUUGCAUACGAGGGAAUUGUAGAAGAUGCCGGUGAACAACACAUCUCAUUGGGACUGGAAGAAACAGCCGGACGGCCGCUGCAAGACAGCAGGUCAGCAUCCUCCUCCAGUUGCAGCGACACGCUGAAUUUGGAGCAGGUCGCGAAGCUGUCCUUCGGGGAAUUAUUGGAGGCGACGCGCGACACCCCAAAAGCGGUGGACAGUCAAGGGCAGCAAGUGGUGGGGAUUCUAGUACGGGGUGGCCAGCAGGACGAAUUUGGAAGUGAGAGUAAUGUCGAAAACUACCCCACGUCGGCGCCGGCCAGCAGCACAGCCAAUUUAUCCACCGGCGGGGGUGCAAACAAACUUCUCAGUUUCGACUUCACCAGCGACCGCCAUUCUGUCUUGAGUGGCAAUUUUGAGAAUGCGAACAAUGUGGAUCAUUUAGCGCAGGAGACUUCAAAUGAUGCGAGCAGCAGCAGCGCUAACCCUCGCGUGAGGUGGACGGCGAAAAAUGCAGACGAAGACCACUCGUCGAGCCAGUCCCCUUUAAAGCGGAAGCAGCCCCCAAAGGGAACGGGUACUGCGGCGACGGAAGGCGUGGAUUCAUCUCGGUCGGCGAGCCCGGUCAAGGGAAGCAAAAACAUCAAGGCAGGCGGAUCCUCCUCCUUCCACUUAUACGAGGGGCAAUGGAAUACGGACGGGAAGAAGCACGGCGUGGGUCGCGUGCGGGGAGAAGAUUGGAUCUACGAAGGGGUCUGGGUGAACGGAAAGCGGCACGGUCGCGGCGUGUUGCGCAGUUUGCACACAAACGACGUUAAGGAGUGUCUCUUCUAUUUUGGAUACGGAAGAAUGAAAAUAGGUGUUGUAGUUGGUAUCUUCUUGAGCAAACUGCAAAAAUGCAGGUUUGUCUAUAGUCGCCGCAUGAACUAGAAGACUAGGAACUCUACUAAAACAUGAACAGUGACACCAGCGGUGGAUGAUGAUCAUGAUGAUGAUGAUUGCAUUUUUGUAAACCAUGACUGUACUAGAAGUUCAAAGUCAAGGAAGUUGCCAACGUUCCUCAUUCAUACCGUCGAGAAGCGGGACCCGGUGCAUGGCGUUUACAACAUUCCUUCGGGCGAGGAAGUUUUGGUUUUCGAGGAGCUGCUGGAAAUCUGCAACGCGAGGGGACCGCUGUUCACUGCAGGAAGCAGUAUAGAAGACGAGCAAGGCGAUGGACAAAGCGGCGCGACUUUAUCCGGUAAUUUUAUUUCCAGCAGAAACCAGCAACUGGAGGCACCACCAGCUGGCCUCAUCGCACUGGCGCAGAAGGAAGCCAUCGCGCAGAAGAUCUUCACCGCGACGCCCCCCAGCAGCCUGGGGAUCCCUUCCGACCACGGCAUUGCGGUGAAGCACAAGGUGGCGCUGCCGCUUCCCGAUAAACCGGUGUACGAGGGCGAGUGGCUGGACGGCAAACCCCACGGCCAGGGCGUCUUGCUCGAAAAGGACGGGAUCACCCGGUACGCCGGACAGUUUUUCGAGGGCAAAAAGCACGGGGAGGGGAAGCAGGUGUGGGCAUAUGGCAACGAGUACACGGGGCAGUGGCGGUUUGGGAAGACCAACGGACAGGGGAAGGAAACAUACCCAGACGGCAGCCGGUACAUUAUCCGAGAGAAAAAAACGGUGAGGAGGGCAGCUUCGUAAUGCAAAAAUACACUAAUGGAAAAAAUUCUGCUCAUGGGCGAGCCCUUACCAAGCGGCUUGAGAGAGACAUGCAGCAGAGUUUUUUUCUGUGUAAAUUGUACGUUGUUGUUUUAGCAUUAUGCCCUGCCAUACAUUUUUUCUGUGUGAUACACGACGGCGAGUACGAAGACGACCGGCGGCACGGCGACGGCGACUACCGCUGGGCCGAGGGUCAGUUCUACAGCGGGCAGUGGCGGUUCGGGAAAACGCACGGGGAGGGCAGGAAACAGUACCAAGACCGCGGGUCCUACGACGGACAGUGGAAGGAGGAUCUGCGGCACGGGCGCGGCAUCUACGUGUGGCCGGACGGUCGGCGGUACGAAGGCCAGUGGAAGCACGGCAAAAAGCACAACAUCGGGACAGAGUCGCUGCCGAACGGGGCGAAGUACGAAGGUAGAAAUAAUUCUGUCGGCUUAAUCUUUGUACAUCAGAAAAGACACGAGUAAUGUUAUAUGUUUAGCACGACGUGCUGUCAGCAAUUGCAAUACAUUUAUUUCUCUGUGUCCGCGUCGUUUAGAUCUAAUCUCCUCCUCGCAGGUUCGUGGAAAGAGGACAAGCGGCACGGGAAGGGGAUUCACCACUUUGUCGGCGGAGAAGUGUACGACGGAGACUGGUUGGAGGGGAAAAAGCACGGCCGCGCAAAAGAGGUGUACGGCGACCGUGAGUGGUACGAGGGGCAGUGGUAUCGGCGGCAAAGUUGAUGUCUGGGUCCGGAAGAUUGCAAGAUUUGCAAUGCUGUUCUGACAAGAGUAAAGACGACGUAUCAUGCGUGGUGCUGCGAUACAGCAAGAUGCGUUCGUCGUGCUGCAAAAAUGCGACUUGUCAUGCGGUUUACGACCCAAGAGAGGCGUAGCCAGUGAAAAACUUGCCAUGUUGCAGAGCUCCCUUUUGGCGUCUGCAGCUUGUCAUCCACACCUUAGCAUGACAAUUUUAUUCCAGACCCGGACAUAUUUGCGUUUGAUACGUGGUUCGGCGACACGCGGCACGGGUACGGCAAAUACGAGUGGGAAGAUGGCCGCAAGUUCAUCGGGGAAUGGAAGUUCGGCAAGAAGCAUGGUGCGGGAGUGGAGACCUAUCCCAACGGUUCGGUUUACGACGGGCAGUGGCUGCACUCCAUGCGCAACGGGAUCGGGCACCACACCUGGCCCAACGGGUCGGUGUACCUGGGGCAGUGGCGCGACGGCAAGAAGCACGGGUUCGGGAAGUACACCUUUGUGUCCGGCGAGAUUUACGACGGCGAGUGGCGGGAAGACAAGCGGCACGGCAAGGGUCGCAACGUGUACUCCACCGGGGAGAUCUACGACGGGCAGUGGCACGCGGACCAGAAGCAGGGGUACGCCUCCGAGACCUACCCCGAGGGCGGGAUCUACGAGGGCCAGUGGAAGUUCAACAAGCGCAAUAGGCAUUGCAAAUAUGUCAUCUGGGAGGUCUGGAAUAAACCUGUCAUGCAAGGAAGGGAAUAGUGACCACACUGUAUUUAUGCGCUGCCAAGCAUGACAAAUUUUUCGGUUCUUCUGAGUUGCGUACUCCGCAUGAGAAGCUGCGCUUUUGCAUGACAGCCAAACAGGAGCUCUUUGCGGCCACGCAAUACUACAGAGUUCAGAGUCAUGUCAGACUAGCAUGACAACUCCCGCAGUCUCCCAGACCCCGACACAUUUGCAUUUGAUACGCAACGGUGAGGGGCGGUACGUGUGGACCGACGGGCGCGAGUACAUCGGGCAGUGGCGCGACGGGGGGAUCCACGGCUACGGCUGCAACAAGUUCACCAACGGCAUCCUGUACCGCGGCCAGUGGGACAACGGAAUCUCGCAGGGGUACGGCAAGGAGAAGUACCCCGGCGGGGGGCAGUACGAGGGGCAGUGGCUGAACAACAGGAGGCACGGCUGGGGCAUCUACACGGGCGGUGACGGCCGCGUCUUCGAAGGCACGUGGCUGGACGGGGAGCGGGGGGCGCGGCAGGGUGGUGGCGCGCAGGCGCAGGUCAUGGCAGCGAGGUGA